AUGACACGAAUCACAGAAGUUUGGGCGUCGAAUCUCGAGCACGAGAUGAACCAAAUUCGCGAAAUAAUUGACGACUAUCCAUACAUUGCCAUGGACACUGAAUUUCCUGGUGUGGUGGCACGGCCCAUCGGUGCAUUCCCGACCCCUUCUGAUUACCACUACCAGACGAUGCGAUGUAAUGUCGACCUUCUCAAAAUCAUACAAGUGGGCUUGACACUCGCGGACGAGGAGGGGAACUUCCCAGAGAACUCGACAUGGCAGUUCAACUUUCAAUUUAAUAUUAAUGACGAUAUGUAUGCCCCCGACUCUAUAGACCUACUACAAAAGGCUGGUUUCGAUUUCCAGCGACACGAAGAGAUGGGGAUUUCACCAAACGUGUUCGCCGAGUUGAUGAUAACGUCAGGCCUUGUGCUUAAUCCAGACAACAAGUGGAUAUCAUUCCACAGCGCCUACGACUUUGGGUAUUUCCUUAAGCUCCUCACUGGUGCUUCUCUUCCUGUUGCAGAGGAGGAGUUCUUCGACCUCCUACGGACAUGGUUCCCCACCGUGUACGAUAUCAAAUUCAUGGUCCGCAAGUCUAAUGUACUCAACCGCGGUCUCCAAAAUCUCGCGGAUGAACUUGGGGUCACACGCGUUGGCACUUCGCACCAAGCAGGCUCCGAUUCCCUCCUGACCUCAUCUGCCUUCUUCAAGAUGCGCGAAUUGUACUUUAGCGAUUCCAUCGACGAUGCACAUUACUCUGGACAGCUCUAUGGAUUUGGCCAGACGUUCACCGUUGCGAAUGGAGCUGCCGAUCAUGGAAGAGGCGGAACCACCAUCGCGGAACGCGAAGACAGAAUUUGUUUCACCUUGAGCAUCCUGUAUAUUUCACAACUGUAG